AACGAGCCUCACUAUGAAGCGAUCGCAUGGUCUUGGUCGUUAGUCUCAAACACUACUAGACGUAGAUUAUCAAAUAGCUUAAACCCUUUCCCACCCUCAAAUAAAGCAAAUAAGCUUCCACAUCGCCAAGAAGCACCAAAAUGACGGGUAACAGCGACGAUCCGAUGAUUGAGGGUAUGUGGGAGGGCAAGGGCAUUGACCGCAUCCUACAAAAAUCUACCCUCGAAAAAAUCGUGCAGCAAUUGACAGCACAGGGCAAGUUAUGAUAGAUGAUGAAGAUAUUGAGAUGAAGAUGAUUUCGUCUCGCUAAUUACUUUUAAUUGUGUUGUGAUAUUAGAUUUUUUCCCUAAACCCUAAAUCCUACCAAGGCAUGACUUAGACUUCCAACGGCAGCUGCCCCCUCGUCCUUUGUCAAACUCAAUAAUUGAUUCAGUAGAUCAUUCUAGGUUGAUCAUAUUGAAAGCUGUCUACCAAGAACUCUCUCUACACUCUGUCCUCUCCAACUAGAGCCAUCUCUUCCUAAUCUGCGAACUGAACGGCUUAGUCGGCAAAAAGGCUCGUGAGG